AUGACACACAGUGAGCAUAGUCGAAUUAUUCGAUGGCGUCAUGGUUGGCUACCCGGAGGAAUACCUAAAGCCUGCCCAUAUCAUCCUUAUGUACACUUUAGUCGGUCACACGCUACUGAAUGCUUGCACAUGCACACUCAUUUAUUCUUGCCACGAUCAAUCGCAGGAAAUGACUCAACUGGUUGUCCCUUUAAACUUGUUAGCAAUAUUUCCCCUUUCUUUCUCACCUUCUCUUCUUCUUCCUUUCCUUCACCUUUUUUUUUCACCUCUUGUCCUGUAAGAGGGUUUUUAGAUACCUUUUUGUUUUUUCGCAUAAUCUGA